GCCGGAGACUAGGGAAGGAGGAGGAGGAGAAAGAAGAGUAGAGAGAGAGAGAGAGAGAGAGCACAGUCUAUACCAAACAGCAACCUGAAGGCAAUAUGCUGACGAGACUCUCAACACUAAGCUCUUAGUGUAGCAAUGCUCAGACUUUAGCUGUGUUAUGGGAUUUUAUUGGGAUGUGUUUCGGAAGCGCAAUUCCUACAGUUUAAGUUCAGAAGAUGGGAUCUCAUGGGGAAUCUGAACAUCAACCCACUCGCACGAUCGCCCGGAAUUUACCUUAAUAGCUAACUAUUGCUUUAGUCUAGUUGUUUUUGCUCUUUUUAAGUUUAUUUAAUUUUAAUCACCAGCUAUAUUUGAAAACUGAACUGGAACUGGAUAGUCUCUUCUGGCUUUUUUUCUUUUUCUUUUUCAAUUCUGACAAGUGAGAAUCAUGCAUCUGGGCAAAGCACUGUUGUUUUUCCUCCUUCUUAACAGCGUGACCACGAUCUUCUCGCUGUCCACUUGCACCACCGUGGACAUUGAUAACAUCAAGAAAAAGCGCGUGGAGGCGAUCCGGGGUCAGAUCCUGAGCAAGCUGCGCCUCACGAGCCCGCCGCAGGCUCUCGGACCGUCUCAGGUGCCGUACUCAGUGCUGGCGCUUUACAACAGCACCAAGGAGCUGAUCGAAGAACUGGGCCGAGAGCGACAGCAAAGCUGUGGACAGGACAAUACCGAGACUGAGUACUAUGCCAAGGAGAUCCACAAGUUCAACAUGAUUCAGGGACCGCCCGAUAACAAUGAAGUGAUUUACUGCCCCAAAGGUAUAACAUCUAAAGUUUUCCGCUUCAAUGUUUCAACUAUGGAGAAAAAUUUCACCAACCUGUUCCGAGCAGAGUUUCGGGCCCUGAGAGUGCCCAACUCUAGUGCUAGCAGGAACGAGCAGCGAAUCGAGCUCUAUCAGAUCAUUAGACAUGAUGAACAAAUUCCGAAGCAGCGGUAUAUUGGGGGGAAGAACGUCCUGACCAAAGGAACGGCGGAGUGGGUGUCAUUCGAUGUCACGGAGACUGUUAGAGAGUGGCUCACACACAGAGAGACUAAUCUUGGCUUGGAGCUCAGUGUGCACUGUCCCUGUCACACCUUUAAUCCCAACGGUGACAUCAUCGAGAACAAAAACGAAGUGCUGGAGGUCAAAUUUAAAGGUAUGGAUGAGAUGAACCAUGAGAACCGUUUGGAUCCUGGCCGGCACGGUAAAUCGAAGGAGCAACCCCUGCCACAUCUCAUCCUGAUGAUGCUGCCUCCCCAUCGCCUGGACGUUCCGCCUACAUCCAGACGCCGCAAACGGGCACUGGAUACCAACUACUGCUUCUCUAAUUACGAGGAGAACUGCUGUGUUCGCCGCCUUUACAUCGAUUUCCGACAGGACUUGGGCUGGAGAUGGAUCCAUGAGCCUAAAGGAUACCAUGCUAACUUCUGCUCAGGACCAUGUCCUUACUUGCGCAGUGCUGAUACCACACACAGUUCGUUGCUGAGCCUGUACAACACUCUGAACCCAGAAGCCUCAGCUUCACCGUGCUGUGUGCCACAGGACCUCGAGCCUCUAACCAUCCUCUACUAUGUUGGACGAACACCAAAAGUGGAGCAACUUUCCAACAUGAUUGUCAAAUCUUGCAAGUGUAGCUGAGAGCUUCAACACCAGGUGCAGCCCUUCAAAAAUCUUACCACUCUGGCAAGAAGAGGAAGGGUUAGAGGGGCCAGAACUGGACUUUAAAUACCUCCAUGCUUUCUCCUACUCCACUUUCAAGCCCCGGAGCAUGACUCUUUGAAGCACGACAUUUGCUGUAAUGAGUUUUUGUUUCAAAAAAUGGAUUUGCCAUCAAAUGCUUCUCUGCCAACCCUCGGACCUCCACGUAGACCAUUUGAGCUGAUUUCACACACAAACCCCCUCCCACCCCCAACACACACACACUUUUUUUUUUUCACCUACACCUGAUGUUUCUACUAUCUGUGCCACCAUACAAAUUUCUUGGGCAUUUCUGAACCAGCUGAAUUAUAUUUAACUGUCAGCACUCACUUAGUGACUAAUACAGAAGCUGCUUUAUCCAGAAUGUCUUAGCAGCUGUGGUCAGGACACAAGAAAACUGAUAAUCCCUACUGGAUACAUGAAAACAGACUUAACAAGAGUGUUGCCUUGCUGACACUCAGACAACCAUCAGGUUUUUGUUUAUAGUGUAAAGUCUUGAUGCACAGGAUUCAUCCUUGCUGAACAUUGAACUGUGGUCUUCACCGCAGGUUUCCCACACUGUUUGUCUACAAGACAGGUUAACAAAUACAUGAUAAUGAUAAUAAUAUUAGUUAUGAUACGGAUGCUAGAAAAAAAAUGUUUGUGAAAAAAUGUUGGGUGCUUACCUCUGUUACCUAUCAGACUUUUUAGGUUUGUUUAAUAGGCCGACUUAAAGCAGACAGUGUAAAAUAUUGUAUGACACUACAUGAAACCAGAUCACAAACUGUACAUUUUUUUAUUUGCUAUUACCCUUGGAAAAACAUCUUUUUUUUUAAUUAAAAUUAGUCUUCGACAAAUAGAUUGAACUUGAAUUAUUUCUGCAAGAGUAAUGCAUAUACCUUAAUCCUUUUAAAUAAAUGUAAUGCACUGAAUGCUGUAUU